AUGGUCGCAGCCUUCCCGAACUUCGCGGCCGCCGCCGCCGCCACGGACUGCGACGGGCGCAGCGUCCUGGCGCUCGCGGUGGUCCACCGGCAGUCCCACCUGGUGCCCCUGCUGCUGGCGAGGCAGGCGCAAGUGGACGCGGUGGACGCGGACCAGCGCACGGCGCUGAUGCUCGCGGCGCAGGCGGGGGACCCGCUGGCGGUGCAGCACCUGCUGGCCGCGGGCGCGUCCGCCACGCUCCGCAGCGGGGACGGCCGCACCGCGGCCGAGCUGGCCUGCGACAGGGCCACGCAGCGGCAGAUCCAGUGGCGCUGCGACGCGCAGGACAUCGGCAGCCGGCUGGCGAAGUCCCCCAGCCUGCCGGCGCUGUCCGAGGCGGAGGCGGCCGCCGAGCGCUCCAGGCGGUUCCGGCUUCGCGUGGAGUGCUUGCCGAGGGGUGCCGACUCGGACGUGCUGGAGGACAACAUCCGUUUGAUGCUGGAGAAGCGCGGCACGCCUCCCGAGUAUUUGACAGUUGGCGUGGACCCCAUCACGCAGCUCACCAGGGGGCACGUGUACCUCGACUACGCGGAGCGCUCGAAGGCGAGGGCCGCGGCGAACUUGGACGGGCGCCACGUGCUGGGCUGCACCGUUCGCGUCAUCGAGGAGGGGCCCGUCUUCGUGUAG